ACGGGGUACACGACAACGACGUGUUUGACAUUCCACGCAUUGAGUCGUACACAAUGGAAUUUUCUUGGAAUGUGCGUGUUGGUGCGAAGUGCCAGCUCUGGUCGAGGACGGUGAAGAGCCCAUUCGGCCACUUGCCAAGGUAGCAAUACCCUGCCAUGACUGACGCGACGCCCAUCUCGAUCUGGUACGCUGCCAAGCAAGGGGACUUGGGCACCCUCAAGCGCCUGAUCGAAGUCGACGGCCACCGGUUCGACCAAGUCGACGCCGAGCUCAAGACGCCGUUUUACUACGGGUGCACGUACAACCGCGUGUACGUCCUGCAGUACUUGGACGAGCUGUACCGCAUGCACAACGUUGAAAUGCCAGCGGACCAGCGCGCGUGGUGCAUUGUGAGUUGUCUAAAUAAGGACGUUCGAUUGUACUUGGAGGGCAAGGCCACGUUGGCCGACGUCAUUGCAAAACGCGAAAAGGCUGCCAAGGACGAGCAAUUGUCGGCGGCGGAGGCGGCGGCCCAAGGCAACACGUCACGUUUGCGCUGGUUCCUCAAGAACGACGAAGAGAGUGUGUUGAAGGGCGACGAGUCGUCGUCCAAGUCGGCUCUCGUUUUGGCGGCAGAAGCGAACCAGUUGGCGACCACUGCGAUGCUGAAAGACUUUUUCAAGCAACACUUGGCGUCGGACGCAUUCGACGUCGAACUGGAUGCUGCACGGAAAGCCACGUCCUCUCAAAACGUGGUCAAGGUUCUGGACGGCGAAUUGACGAUGAAAGACGUCAUGUUGCUGGAAAAAGCUGCACAGACGACGCCAUAAAUGGACGAAUGUGCAUGUGGUAUACCUUAAUUCAUCUUGGCUUCAUUUGUUUCA